AAACCUGCACGACUUAUCAACCUUCAGAGAUCUGAAGCCGCAGGAUCUUGGUGUCAGAGAGGAGGCAGCGGGACUCAUCAGUUAUCAAACUCAAACUGACACAACUUUAUUAUUGAAUAUUUUUUACAGGGUAGUCUGCAGGUAUAGGAACAACGAGGGGAGAAAAGAUAAUAAGCUGAUGUGUUUUUCCAUUUAGGCAAAAUGAUGGAGUCAGUUGAUGAGGCUGCUGCACUCCGGAUGACGGUUCCUCUUCCAGGACGCGCGUCUCCCUCCGCCGCCAUUGGACGGAACACUUUGUCUCGCUGUCUUUUCUCACUUCUCAUUGGACGCGCGGGUUUGACAGGGAGCAAGAGGGCCGCCCUCUGCAGCCUGGAAAAAACACUCCUCCAGAAGUGAGUAUCAAUCAGAGUAGAAGUUAGGGGGGGACAGAAAGAGAAAAAGAAAGACGCGGAGUGGAAGGACCGAAAGACGCGCAAAGCGGCAGACCGCAUCAAAACUAUCAAUCCUCCCGGACUUGAUCUCACGCGCAGCCAGGAUGACACAGUCUGCCCUCAAAAGUUUGAUGCGGCGUUUGUAGUCACAGUUGGGAUUACUUUGGACACUUGGUGAGUUUGCGCCUCGCUGUAAACACUGACGUGUGCAUUUUUUAUUGUUUUGCUUCACUGCGUUGGACUGACGGGAGUGGGUUUUUCGCCGCGUCCCUCCCCCCCUUCGGGUGGAUUUGAGAGAAAUGAGUGAGAGGAGGCGAUCUGCCGCAGCUCUGAGCUCUAGAGCCCACGCUUUUUCCGUGGAAGCCCUGAUCGGCUCCAACAAGAAGAGGAAGCUCCGAGGCUGGGAGGAGAAGGAACUGGAGUUGUCCAUGGAGAGCCUCGCCACGGACGGAGAGGACCCGGCUCACUGUCUGGAUAUGGACCCGGACUCGGAGGCGAGUCCUGGCUCGGACGGAGAGGGUCUGGCCGAGAGGACGUCGUGCUCCUUUGGCUCACCCGCCGACCUGGCCCCCGGCCCCUGUGACCCGUCGCCCCCGGCCUCCAUGGAGGAGAUCCAGGUGGAGCUGCAGUGCGCAGACUUGUGGAAGCGCUUCCAUGACAUCGGCACGGAGAUGAUCAUCACCAAGGCGGGCAGGAGGAUGUUUCCUGCCAUGCGGGUAAAGAUUGCAGGUCUGGACCCUCAUCAGCAGUAUUACAUCGCCAUGGACAUUGUGCCUGUGGACAACAAGAGAUACAGGUAUGUGUACCACAGCUCUAAAUGGAUGGUGGCAGGAAACGCCGACUCCCCGGUGCCUCCUCGGGUCUACAUCCACCCAGACUCUCUGGCCUCAGGAGACACCUGGAUGAGGCAGGUGGUCAGCUUUGACAAGCUCAAGCUCACCAACAACGAGCUGGACGACCAGGGACACAUCAUCCUCCACUCCAUGCACAAGUAUCAGCCUCGAGUUCAUGUCAUCAGGAAGGACUUCAGCAGUGAGCUGUCUCCAAACAAGCCUGUGCCCAGCGGGGAGGGAGUGAAGACCUUCAGCUUCCCUGAGACCGUCUUCACCACUGUCACCGCCUACCAGAACCAACAGAUCACCAGACUAAAGAUAGACCGCAACCCGUUUGCCAAAGGUUUCCGGGACUCCGGCAGAAACAGGACUGGUCUGGAGGCGAUCAUGGAGACUUAUGCUUUCUGGAGACCUCCUGUGAGGACCCUCACAUUUGAAGACUUCACCAACAUGCAGAAACAGCAAGGUGGAAGCACAGGUACUUCACCCACCACCUCCAGCACGGGAACACCCUCCCCUUCUGGUGCAGCACACCUCCUGUCUCCUUCUUGUUCCCCUCCGACCUUCCAUCUUGCCCCCAACACCUUCAAUGUGGGCUGCAGGGAAAGUCAGCUCUGCAACCUGGGCCUGUCUGAGUACCCCGCCUGCGCUCGCAGCAACAUGGCGGCCCUGCAGGGUUAUGGCGGCCUGGCCGACAGUUCCUAUGGACGCCUCCAGGCUGCAGGGGGUGCUGUGGCCUCAGGUCAGCCCUCUGAAUCCUUCCUGCCACAGAGGACUUCCUCCUUGAUUGCUGCUGGCAUGCAGGGCAGCACUCAUGCCUCCCUGACCGGCGGCGGUAGUGGCAGCAGCACUGGAGGCAAGAUGGAUGCCUACAGCAGUCAGCUCGGCUCCUUCCCAGCCUCCCAGCUCCAGUAUGUGAUGCAGGCCGGAGGAAGCUCCAGCUCUGCCUCAUCCUCCUCAUCCGGAUCCUCCUCUUCCUCCGCUCACAUGUUCAGUGGGAGCCACCACCACGUGCAGCAGGGCUCCUACAAUGCUUUCUCCCUGCACAACCCUUACAACCUGUACGGAUACAACUUCCCCACCUCUCCUCGCCUGGCUGCCAGUCCUGAGAAGCCCCAAGGAGGUUUGCUCUGCUCCUCUUCUCCUGCCGGGGCCUUCGCUGAGCGCCAGUACCUGUCCAACGGAAGCAUGGACACUAUGCACAUGAUUGGCAACACCACCAGUGGCCAGCAGGGCAGCAGCUCCUGUGAUGGUCGUCAGUAUGGCUCCUCUUCUCAGAUGUCCAUGCACAUGGUGUAGAAACUGAGAUUGUUCUUGUUGAUGUCAGCGUUUUUACAUGAAACGUUAAUGUACUGAGGUACAAAGCAAACCUUUCAGAAAAGGAUAUCAUCUCAUGUUUGUGUUUUUAAAGACUCUUCACCACUUACAAAGCAAUAUAGCUGGAGUCAAAAGUAUUAUUAAAUUAUCUAUGUAUUAAAAAAGUGUCAACUGGGACAGCAACUUGACUCUUUUACUGUUUCUGACCGGAAGGAAACACCAAACUCAGAUCAGUGUAAGAAGGAGGUGGAGGAGCCCACAUGCUCUGGUUCAGAGGGGAUUAUCAGUUGUGAAUAUGUAAUGGUGCAAUAGCAGCAACAGCCUCUUCAAGUGACUCAUUCUUGAUUUUUGGGGACUCAAAGGCCAUCCGGUCAUGACAUCCUGUAACCAAAGAAUCUUCACUGUGAUCCAGAAGUUUUUACUUCACGCAGCACUUGUGUUGUAUCAUUUUAGAAAUGUCAAGGGGUCAGAGGUUCGCCAUCAUGGUCUGGAGUUUUGGCUGGAAUGAAAGGGACAACUGGACAAGAUCACUGAGUGACUCACUGCUCUACAUAUAUGCAGGAGUACGUGCAGUGAAGUAUCUGGGUGCUGCAACAGCCAGUUGAUGUGCCAAACAGGGUGAACACAUGGGCGCAGUAAGUCAAAGAACUGUAGGUCAGGUCAAAUGAGGAACUCUGUCUUCAUCCUUGAAAACUCCCCAGCAGACAUGUACAUGAGAGUUCAGGACUCUACCACACAACUUCAACCUGUUUUCCUCAUAGACUGGAAUGGCUUCACUAUUUUUGAGUGGAUUAUGUUUUUUAGCAUAUAUAUAUAUAUAUAUGUAUCUAUGUGUAUAUAUAUAUAUAUAUAUAUAUAUAUAUAUAUAUAUAUAUAUAUAAAAGAUGGCAAAUGCAAUCAAUAACAUAAGCUUAAAGGUUGUUGUGUGAAAAGUUAUAAAAGAAGCAAUAGCAAAACAGAGUAAUUAAAGUAUGUUUUGGUGUGUUGUAGAGAUGUGUAUUUAAGUGCUGAGCAAUAUAACAAUUUUACAGGCCUUUCUCUUAUAAAAAUGUGUGAAAAAAGGGAGAUAGCAAAGUAACUCUUUUUUGAGGCAUUUAAAAAAUGUAAAUACAGGUGCCAAGCACAUAAAAAGCUCAAUAAACGUUUUAAUUCAUGUA